CAGAGAACCACGUGGGACACGUUCAGUCUCACAAACGCGGUCAGCCUGGCAUAUGAUGCAGGCCUUGCUUCCUAAACCGUAGUUCUCAGUGUCACCAUACCUCUUUCAUUCAACCGCUGUGAACCAGUCGAUUUGGUCCGAUCAACUCAUGUCCGACCCAUUCGACGUUAUACCCUUCGAGGACAUCAAGGGGGAAUGGAAGAAGCUAGGAUCAGGCUCUUUUGGAAAUGUUUUUAAAGGAUCAUACCUGGGCAUUGAAGUCGCGAUCAAGGAAGUCCUGCCAUCCAACAGUUAUAACGUUGCCAAAUAUUUUGAGAGGGAAUGGAGACUUAUGAAAGAAGCUCGCCAUCCAAAUGUUGUACUUUACCUCGGCCUAUCGCGUGCCCCGCCCCCGGAUGGACGAAUCUUCAUAAUAUCAGAGUACAUUGAGAACGGAAAUCUCAGAAUGUACAUAUUCGAUAAGACGAAACCCUUUCCGUGGCGUCUCCGGCUUUCUUUUGCUACAGAUAUUGCCCGUGCUCUCGCAUACCUUCAUGCACGCAAGUGCAUACACCGCGAUUUGAAAGGCGAAAAUCUCCUGGUCACCACAAACGGCAGGUUGAAGAUCACCGACUUCGGUUUCGCUCGGAUUGCCGCCCGCAACGAAGAGGAAAGUAAACGUCUAACCUUCUGUGGGACCGACUCUUACAUGUCACCCGAAAUUCUACUCGGGGAAGAGUUUGAUUUACCUACCGACAUUUUCUCUCUCGGUAUCAUCUUCUGUGAGAUCGCGGCUCGGAGGUUAGCUGACGACCGCCAUUUCAAACGUAUCGGCCCAACUUUUGGGAUUGACGCCGAGGAGGUACACCGGUUGGCUAGCCCCGGCUGUCCACCUGCGUUCCUUGCUCUUGCGUUCGACUGUCUUGCUGAGGAUCCAAAGGCACGCCCCACCACUCGCGUCAUUUUAGACAGGCUAGGCGAGAUUGAAAAGGAGGUUUUGUCACGUCCAGACACUGAUGAUUUGCACGUCGGGAGCAUCAAACUUAUGACAGGAGGCAGACGUCCGGGUGCUGCUCCCCGCAUCCCGAGUUUUGGGGCUAGUGUCGGGAAGGACAUCAGGCAUGGCACGACCUCCGCCAAAGAGGACGUUCUCGCGGCCUUGUCCAGCGGUGAAGAAAGCAGCGAUGAAGAGCUCGUGGACACCAUGCAAGGUCUGGCUAUCAGUCUGUAUCCAAACAGCGAUUGGAGCACGGCUGCCAACGGACACGCAGGUGAUAGCACCCAACCUCUUCUCGUCAGUAACUCUAGCACAUUGUCAGAAUACAGCACCUCCGUCAUCCGGGCCCAUGUUCCCACAACUGCAGAUGACAUCCCGACAUCUUUGUCCUCCAUUCUCACUAUUCGGCCUGCACUCAACCCAAACGGAACAGCAGAACCCAUUACCCCAGGCGCCUCCUUGACUGACAAUAGUAAUACUCCGACAGGCAGUGACUCCAUUCUGUCCGCGCAGAGUUAUCAGACUGCUCAAUCAUCCAUCCAGUAUUCCACCACAGCAACGAAAGGCCACUCCUCCAUCGACUCUCCCCCUAUGCUUCAUCGCUUUACCUUACUAAGACCUGGCUCAAAGCGUACCAGUGGAUCAGUAUCCCCGACACGUCAUGCCGACGGAGGAUGGAACCCCUUGGAGCUGAUCUUCUCUAGCGGACUACUCGUGCAGAGAUGUGAUAUAUGCUCAAAGAGGAUUGGUUGGAAACCUGUUUUGGAAUGUGACGAUUGUGGGCUGCGGGCUCACGUCAAAUGCGGAGAAGUUGCCCCUCGUGACUGUAAUGUUCGUUCCGUAAUCCAACCAGCCCUGCACACAUCGUCACCCUUGUCAAAGGGAAAGAACCAGGCGAAGAGAGUGUCCUUACCUAAUUCGAUCACGCGAUAGGAACCCUGCAUGUUCUCGGAUUAGUGUUUACGAGCCUGUCGCAAUCAUCACUUAGUCGCCUCCUUUCUGGAUUCCCAUCAAGCCACAUAACUUACAUUCAUAGGACGAUAGAUCAUACUACGUCACUGCUGAGUCACUCGGUAUCCUUGCCUUGUAUUGUUUACCUACAUUAAUGUAUUCCCAUUCCCAGCAUUCGACAAUGCAAAUAGCACUCGAGCUCUGGUCGUUAUCAUUUUGCCGAGUGACAGCGACGUCGUCGACUAGACAAUUGUGCCAACACAAGGACUCUACAUAAGUACACGAUGUCCUUUACAACUUUACCCAUAUCAAUGGCAGAUCAUGUGCGUCGAUUCUUAACCACCAUCUUCUCAUCUGUUUAGGAAUACGUCCAAUCGAGGCAUGCUGCCGCAAUUCAGGGCCUCCCUGGUGCUACGG